GUCAACUCGGGGUCAUUCUGGAGCCAUCCCAGUUUGCAUGAAAAAUUUUGGUUGGUAAUUAACCUUGGUAUGUCGACAUCAAAUUAAGAAGACAGGUAAGGAACCUUUACGUGCGAAGUACGGACAAAAACGUGACAAGACGCCCGGGAUACAGGACGGAUCCUGCACGGCCGGCCGUGAUCACCAGAUUGUCAGGGAGUCGUAUCAGUCUGCAUCUCUGGUUGAGGCACAUGUACAUGGGAGGAGGCGACACAAUCGUGGACUGGCAGCACCUCAGCGUGGGUUAAACUUACCUGAGGAUUCUGUCUUCACACAUUUGCUGGUACCAGCUAAGUUUUCAAAGAGCAGCCAAGAUCUGAAAGAAGUCGUGGUACAAUCAUGUUUCCACUUCCUCGAAGGACCGCCCAAUCCACCAAACGAACAAUGCGAGAAGCCAUAGAUUCUGAGAACGGCAAUUCAGAUGGACAACGGGCCAAGAGACAGCUUUUGAGAGCAAAGGCUCCUCCAGAGGAGAUCAUCCGAGACUGGAGCAACAUGCCCUCAGAGAUCCUGACUCACAUAUUUCAGUUCCUACCCUUAUGGGAUCGUGCCCGAGCCUCCCUGGUCUGCCGUCUUUGGAACAAAACCUUCCACCUGCCAGAACUGUGGCAGACGUUCACGUUUGAGUUCAACAACCCCAACACGUCCCACUUCAAGUCCACCCCUCCCCAGCUCAUCCGACAGGUCCUCAGACGCCACGCACACCACCUACAGUCUGUCAGCUUCAAGGUUGACAGUAACAAGGAGUCAGCGGAAGCUGCCUGUCAGAUCCUGUCCCAGCUGGUGAACAGUUCGCUGAAGACGCUGGGACUGAUCUCCACGGCCAAGCCCAGCUUCCAGGAGGUCAGCAGAGAGGACUUCGUCACCGCGCUCACCGUCGUCUUUGUCCACUCCAAGUCCCUGUCACAGCUGAGGGUGGAUGACACACCGGUGGAUGACCCCUCUCUAGCAGUGAUGAUCCAGAACAGCAGCGACUCCCUGGAACUUCUCAACAUGACCAGCUGCCCACAUGUAUCUCCUAAAGGUAUCCUGGCAGUGGCAGACCACUGUCAAAAUCUGCGAGAGUUGGCUCUGAACUACACACUACUCAGUGAUCAGCUACUUCUCACCUUAUCAAGGGAGGAGCAUGCCACUCUGGAGCAGCUGCGGAUUGACGUCAUCAGCAGCAACCCCAACGAGAUCAUGCAGUUUCACCAGAUCUCCAAGGAGAGCUGGCAGUCGGUCGCCAAGCACUCGCCCAACCUGACGUUGGUCAUGUACUUCUACGUGCACAACGACGAGGACUUCGCGCCCUUCUUCCAGUGUGACACGCCGGUCACACACCUGUUCUUCGGUGCCUACGUCUCCAAAUCGGCCUUGCGGAGAGUCGGGCUACACUGCCCCAAGCUGAUCGAACUGGUGGUCUGUGCGAACGGCACGCAACCGCUGGAUGACGAAGUGGUGUUGAUCGCAAAGUCGUGCAAGAAUCUUCACUCCCUCGGGCUCGGGGAGUGCGAACUGUCGUGCAGCGCAUUCGUGGAGUUCGCCAAAAUCCUGGGACCGAACCUGACAGAACUGAGCGUGAUGGAGGAAGUGUUGGUUGGGGACAACAACUUUGACACCUAUGAGGCGUACAGCGCAGUGUCCAAGUACAUCGGGCGUUAUUGGAUGCCCGAAUACAUGCCCGUAGUCUGAACUGUGAUACAAAUGAUGAUGGAUUCAUCAUAUGAACACGAGUCCCCCCCGUGCUGCCUAUGAGGAAACUCAUACCAGCACUUGCCCUGAAUGGAGAAAUGGCAUGUUUCCAACUCACUAGGAGGCAUCUGUUGCAGUAAGGAAGAGAUGUGCCAUCUCUUUAUGCAGUGGAACUGUGUGCAUAUUUGUUGAUUUUUCUGUACAUAGCUUGUAACAAAGAGGCAAUGUGUUGUAAGUGUGUUUGAAUGGAGAUUUUGAAGUUGCUGUCUUUGCAGACGUGCCAUUGUUUGUUGUGACUAUUUUGUAAAAGGAAGAAUAAUUAUUUAAGUGACAUGACACAAACAAGGUAGCAAUCCUCCUGAACUUAGUUUUUCCGUCUCAUGAAACAGGUUGAAAAAAUAGGUCUUAGUAGCAGCUUGGAACCACAUUGGUGUGAUAUAUAUCCCAUGUUUAUUCCAAUCAAAAAGUAGUAAUUAUGUGAUUUACAUCAAUACUGGCCAACCUCUAGCACAAAAUCAGACAGAGGUGGAAAACAAAAUGGUUGUAAGCUGUGCUACUGUUAUGUUUUUCUUUUGUAUACUGCUGAUGGUGUUCCAUCUAUACUUCUCUGUAUAAUACAUACCAUUUUUGUCUGAUGGUCAUGAGUAAUGAAUUGGCUGAUGAGGCCAGAAUAAUUUCAAAAUUGUGCCCAACAAUAUUGUCGGCCAGCAAUAUUUCUCUGGAUAGAAUAUUUAUUUGGCAUCUAGUGAUUGGAAUGUUUAAAGCCUGCCCAUUUAGGACAAAUUAGCAUGGAUGGGUACAAGACAGGUAGAUGUGUUUAGCUGUUUUUACAAGAGUAAUUCAGUUUGGUUGUUCAAGUUUCUUAGUAAAUUUGAAGGAGUGUCAGACAAAGAAUUUCAUAUUCUAGAAUUGUAGAUGAACCUUAAAACAUCCGGUCAAAUAACUGACAAUGGUAAGGUUUUGUACUGUUUUUAUUGUCUUGUG